GCCGGAUUGGAAGAAAGAUCUGACCAACGGGAGAAUGACACGUGUCCCCUUCGGUGCCUCGUGCUCAGCGCUUGCCCCAAAAUGCUGUUUAGUCAAUAGACUGGGUUUGUUGGGUGCUACAAAGCUUCCAGAAAUUUCCACAUUCCCAAAUUCAUCAGCAGCGUCUUCUUCUUCUUUUCCCCUUCCGCAGGCUAAAAGAAUCUUCAGGCGAAUUCGUGCGUCGGCGAUGUCGGAUUUCAGCAAAUCCACCGUCCUCGUCACUGGUGCCGGUGGCAGAACUGGCCAAAUUGUGUACAAAAAAUUGAAGGAGAGAUCAGAGCAGUAUGAAGGCAGGGGAUUGGUUAGGAGUCAGGAGAGCAAGGAGAAGAUAGGGGGAGGAGAUGAUAUUUACCUCGGGGAUAUUCGAGGAAUCGAGACCAUUAAUCCAGCAAUGCAAGGAAUCGAUUCUCUCAUAAUCCUCACAAGCGCAGUGCCGAAAAUGAAGCCUGGAUUCGAUCCUUCAAAGGGCGGAAGGCCUGAAUUUUAUUUCGAAGAUGGAGCAUUCCCUGAACAGAUCGACUGGAUUGGGCAAAAGAACCAAAUCGAUGCCGCGAAAGAUGCUGGCGUGAAGCAUAUCGUGUUGGUUGGAUCGAUGGGAGGAACGAAUCCAAAUCAUCCCUUGAAUAGUUUGGGAAAUGGAAACAUCCUGAUAUGGAAGCGCAAGGCCGAACAAUACUUGGCAGAUUCGGGAAUUCCUUACACCAUCAUCAGGGCGGGAGGCUUGCAAGAUUCGGAAGGUGGGAAAAGAGAGCUACUUGUGGGAAAAGACGACGAGCUUCUUCAGACAGAAACACGGACAAUACCUCGAGCCGAUGUUGCGGAAGUCUGCAUUCAGGCGCUCAACUUCGAGGAGUCGAAAUUCAAGGCGUUCGACCUGUCGUCAAAGCCCGAAGAGUCGGGCUCUGCGCCGACGACGGAUUUUAAGGCUCUGUUUUCCCAAAUCACUACACGUUUCUGAUUGAAUGAUCUGAUCUAUCCGAUGUGGUGAGAAAUUCAUUGAGGUAUGUCUUGAAUCGUGUUUGUUAUGGAAGGCAUCUUUUGCACUACUUCUCUGAUUUGUAAUGUUAAAAACCAAUAAAUAAAAUAUGUCUUGCGGUGUUCGAAAUAAAAAUGCGAUUUUGUUGAUC